CCUUUUCUGAUUCUGUUCUGUUCUUCAAACUUACCAUUGUUUACCAACACAUGGCCAUGGCGAGUCACACACAACACUGGAUCGUCGAAGCCCGAAAACAACAACAACAACACACAACACUUCAGAAAUCAAGGAAUGAGAGGCUUCACUCAGUAGCAGUGUGGCUACCUACUGUUAACUAUCUUUCUCUUGAGGGAGUGGGAUGAACCACCCCUGUGUCUAGACGCAGUGUACUUGUAAAUGUAUCUUUAAGUACUGAUGCCGAGGUAGCUGUGCGACUGAUACAGGAUAACCUAUUAUUUAUGUUAUGUUAUGUUAUGUUAUGACGCGCCCUUGGCUCUCAAGAACCUAACCUAACCUAACCUAACCUAGGGAGUGGAUUUGCCUAGACCGCACCCAAUAUCAGCAUGUGCAGCGACUCGUGACGCCUCUAAUUGAAAAACGGGGCACCAACAUGAGGCAGCCUGUCAGUUCUGGGAAGCGGUUGAUGCUCACUUUAAGAUGCCUUGCAACAGGUGAGAUGCAGAAAUCCCUGGCUUACCAGUUUCCAGUAAGUCGCAACCUGGUAUGCAGGAUCAUCCCAGAGGUGUGUCAGGCGAUUUACCAAGUUUUAAAACCAACAUACCUGAAGAUGCCCAGCACCACAGAAGAAUGGCAGCAAAUUGCUAGCAAUUAUUACUGGCAAUGGCUGUUCCCAAUGUGCUUAGGGGCCCUGGAUGGUAAAAGAAUACUUAUUCAAAAACCAUCUAAUACAGGGUCUCAGUUCUAUGAUUACAAAGGUCAUUUCAGCAUGAUACUUUUAGCUCUGACUACAAACUCAUUUAUGUAGAUGUUGGAGCUUGUGGCAGGGCAAGUGAUGGAGGAGUUUGGAACAAGUGUUCUCUGAAAAGGGCUUUAGAAAUGGAAGACAAUGUCCUUAAUAUACCCCCGAGUAACAACACCCUUCCCUUUUCUGAUAAACAAUGUCCUUAUGUUCUGGUAGGAGAUGAUGCUUUUCCUCUUCAAUCCAACUUAAUGAAACCUUAUCCAGGAAGACAGUUAACUGAUGAAAAUAGAAUAUUCAAUUAUCGCCUUUCACGAGCCCGUAGAACAUCAGAAAAUGCUUUUGGAAUUAUGGCUUCACGUUUUCAAGUAUUUAGAUCACCCAUCAGAACAUCUCUUACCACAACUAAGGACAUUGCACUUGCUGAUGUCACAUUGCAUAACUACCUAAGAGUUAGCUCCAAGCAGUCGUAUGUGCCAGCAGACAUGGUAGACAGGGAGGAUGUGCAUAAUCUUAACUUCCAUCAAUGUCAGUGGCACCAGCAUCCUCCUGAGGCACUUGAAAGGCUGCCAUUGCUAGCCAGAGGCCAUACACGGGAGGCCAAGGAAGUCAGGGAUACAUUUAGAGACUAUUUUAAUAAUGAAGGUAGUGUACCCUGGCAAGAUAGGAUGUGCUUCCUACAUUAGGCUGUGUGUUUGUUGCGUAUGUGUAUAUGUACGUGUUUUAUGUAUAUAUAUGUGAACACAAGUUACAGAAAUAAAAGAUUUAAUUUUAAAAACUUUUUAUUAAAUCUAAUUAAUUAGAGACAUCCUACAAAUUAUUAGCUAUUUUGGCUUUCCUGAUGACCUCAAUUACACUAUUCAUGACCUCCAUUCCAACAUCAUGUUGAAUAAAAGAAGGGAGGCCACUAAUAAGGUCAUCGAUAAUGUAGCAAAUAUUAUUGGAGAAUGUGCGGGGUGGUGGUGGUGGCUGGGUCGUCAUCCUCAUUGCAAAUUCAAGGCUUUAUCAUAAGCCUUUGCUCUUCUGUUUCUCUUCGUACAUGGUGAUAACUUGUCAUCUAGGGAUUCUUGCACUGAAAUGCUUGAUGCCAAGCUUGUCAGCGCAGGCGAUGGAGUCUCAAAACCUCCAUCAUUGUUACUAGCAGUGUCAUUAACAGCAGCUGCAGUACCAUCUUUGUGAAAAAUGAUAUCCCCAAAGUCAUCUACGAGGACACCUUCUGCCACAGAGAUAGAAGGCUGUUCAUCUACAGUACUGAUAUCCUGUGAACAGAAAAACUGUCCAUCUGUAAGUAGUAUUUUUGAGAGGAAGGUAAAUGACUUGAAUACAUAUGUUAAUGAAAUACUAUAGAUGAUACUGAUAACAUAAAGGAAAUACUGAGUAAGCCUGCCCUAUAGUCUGUUCCAGCUAUGAAAUCCAUUCUAGGUGUGGUAGAUUCUGGAAUUCCCAUGAGUGUGGAGUUGCCUGUUCAACCAUUAGGUAUCACCUUAGAAUUAUUGUCUGCCUACCUGCCUAUCCACAAGCCUCCUCUC